AACAUCAAUCGACAUCAUUGCCUCGCCCGUCGCCCGUCUGAACCCACAUCCAUCCCCACACCUGUGCCUUGGAAUGCGCCUCACUCGCCCUCCAACGCUGGUCUCUACUGUGAUCUACUUUUAGUUACCCACCCUUCAUUCACACACACCCUCUCUCUGUCUUCUAGAGACCCGCCAGCGUGUGAAUGUGAAGGGCUGCAUUCACCAUGUAACCCGCGCCUGGAUCCCCGCCAUCCAAUGAAUCCAUCGCUCCACAGCAACCAUCAAAUCUCCUGUUAUUCGAACCCCGGACACCGAGGAAGCCUCCAGGAGAGAAAAAUAGGCGCGCCACACUCUCACUCCCCUUGGACCUUCAGCUCCGUUCUCUUGCACCUUCUUCUGGCUGGCUGGCUGGCUGGCCGGUGGACUUUUACAUCAGCCGCCCACCACCCUCCGACCCUAUUAUCCCUUCAUCUCUCCAAUUAUUACAAUCUACAUUCAAACCGAUCAUCGACUGCUACCCUUCCAUCUCAUACCCUUUUUUCUCUCCUAUCCAAACUUAAUUCUCCCUUUCUCUUCUUCUUCUUUAACGUUUUGACAGUCCCUUCGAAUUCUCCUCAACCAUGGUUCGCUUUUCCCCUUCUCAUGACCGUUGCUCGCCGUUGA